AUGGAUAUUACAAAGAACAAAAGUGUACGCAUGUUGAAAGCUGCAGCAGAAGGCAACUAUGGGGUUCCUGCCAUUGUCUGCUACAAUAUGGAACAAAUCUUGAGUGCUAUAUGUGCUGCGGAAGCAAAACAAUCGCCAGCCAUGGCGAUGCUUUUUCCGCAUGCACUUCACCAAUAUGGCCUCUUCUCGUACAUUUGGCUGCUGAAGCAUGACGAGCAGCAAAUCAAGUAUGCUGCGUCACUACCUUUUGAUUCCAUCAUGAUCGACAUAUCUCAUUACGAUUUGGUUGACAAUCUAAAGAAAACCAAAGAGUUGACAGAGUGUUGUCAUGCCCGAGGUAUUGCCGUCGAAGCAGAGGCAGGUCGCAUUGAAGGCGGAGAAGAUGGUCUCAAGGAUACAGGUGUUCUAGGAAAUAUACGGACUACGCUUCAAUUCAUGAACACAGGUAUCGACUUCCUUGCACCUUCGAUUGGGAACGUGCACGGCGGGCAUCCAGAUGGUCCAUUUCAAUUCGAAUAUGACAGACUUACGUCCAUCAAGGACGCUGUCCAAGGCCAGGUACAAUUAGUCUUGCACGGUACAACAGACGAUCUAGAGGUGAGGCAAUCCGUUCGGCAUGGCGUCGCCAAGGUGAACCUCAAUCGCCAUCCCGCCAUUUGGAGCAGGUACCUGAGAGAUAGGGGGACCCUUUUGCCUAUCACAGGAAUGAUGGAUGAGGAAUAGCGAUUAUGCAGAAAGAAAUUGAACGUCUCUGUGAUCUCUGCGCUAGUAGCGGGCGAGCUUAGAGCCCGCAGAUUUAAAGAUGGAGCGAAUUCUCUCGGGAGGAAGUCGAUGGCGAGGUUUUUCGAAGGAAGUCAAUGGCGAGGCUUCGCAGGAAGUCGAUAGCGAGGUUUUGUGACAUGAGCUAAAGAUCCAAUUAUGAAUCCAC